GGUCCCCCCGCCCUCACAGCCAAUGAGGGGCUUGCGAGGGAGGAGCUUGGGGCGGUUUGGUGCAGCUUGAGCUUCUGAGGGAAUCAUCCCCAGUAGAUGCAGUGGAGUCCGAGCUCUGCUGCUUCUGUCACAGCAGAACAAAAUUAAAAACAAAAUCAAAAACAAAAAGCAGAAGAGAAGAAACGCUGCAGAGUAUGGAACGCUGUAGGACUUUCUGAAACAUUUGCUGGGGAUCCCCGUGGAGCAUGAUCUUUUAAACAAUUCUUUUUGAAGCCGGUUUGGGUAACUGGGAAAAUGAUACAUAUGCUAAAUGCAGCAGCUGAUCGAGUGAAAUGGACCAGAUCCAGUGCUGCUAAAAAGGCUGCCUGCCUGGUGGCUGCGGCAUAUGCUCUGAAAACCCUCUAUCCCGUCAUUAGCAAGCGUUUAAAGCAGUCUGACCGCAGGAAGAAAAAAGAAGCUUACCUGGAUGCAGGGAACAGAGAAAUACUGCAUUGCACCGAGAUUACUUGUAAAAAAGCUUCGCCUGGAGUGAAUGCAGAUUUUUUCAAACAGCUGCUAGAACUUCGGAAAAUUCUCUUUCCAAAACUUGUGACCACUGAAACGGGGUGGCUUUGCCUCCACUCGGUGGCUCUGAUCUCAAGAACCUUUCUGUCUAUCUAUGUGGCUGGUCUGGAUGGAAAAAUCGUAAAAAGCAUUGUGGAAAAGAAGCCUCGGACUUUCAUCAUCAAAUUAAUCAAGUGGCUUAUGAUUGCCAUCCCUGCCACCUUUGUCAACAGUGCAAUAAGGUACUUGGAGUGCAAAUUGGCCUUGGCUUUCAGAACUCGCCUAGUAGACCAUGCCUAUGAAACCUAUUUUACCAAUCAGACUUAUUAUAAGGUUAUCAACAUGGAUGGGAGGCUGGCAAACCCUGACCAGUCUCUCACUGAGGAUAUUAUGAUGUUCUCCCAAUCUGUGGCUCACUUAUAUUCCAAUUUGACCAAACCUAUUUUAGAUGUAAUACUGACCUCCUAUACGCUCAUCCAGACUGCUACAUCCAGAGGUGCCAGCCCAAUUGGGCCCACCCUAUUAGCAGGGCUUGUGGUGUAUGCCACUGCUAAAGUGUUGAAAGCCUGCUCUCCCAAAUUUGGUAAAUUGGUGGCUGAAGAAGCUCAUAGAAAAGGCUAUUUGCGGUAUGUGCACUCCAGAAUUAUAGCCAAUGUUGAAGAAAUUGCUUUUUACAGAGGACAUAAGGUAGAAAUGAAGCAACUCCAGAAAAGUUACAAAGCUUUAGCAGAUCAGAUGAACCUCAUUUUAUCCAAACGUUUGUGGUACAUCAUGAUAGAACAGUUCUUGAUGAAGUAUGUUUGGAGCAGCAGUGGACUAAUUAUGGUGGCUGUACCUAUUAUCACUGCAACUGGCUUUGCAGAUGGUGAUUUAGAGGAUGGUCAAAAACAAGCUAUGGUUAGUGAACGGACAGAAGCCUUUACCACCGCUCGAAAUUUGUUGGCCUCUGGAGCUGAUGCUAUUGAAAGGAUUAUGUCUUCAUACAAAGAGAUUACUGAAUUAGCAGGCUAUACUGCUCGAGUGUACAAUAUGUUUUGGGUCUUCGAUGAAGUAAAUAGAGGCAUUUAUAAGAGAACUGCUGUCGUCCAAGAGUCUGAAAACCAUAACAAGAAUGGAACUAACCUAGAAUUACCCUUCAAUGACACACUGGAAAUCAAAGGAAAAGUUAUUGAUGUGGAUCAUGGAAUUAUUUGUGAAAAUGUUCCCAUAAUUACACCAACGGGAGAAGUGGUGGCUUCCAGGCUAAACUUCAAAGUACAAGAAGGAAUGCAUCUUCUGAUAACUGGUCCCAAUGGUUGUGGGAAAAGUUCUCUCUUCAGAAUUUUAAGUGGGCUGUGGCCUGUGUAUGAAGGAGUCCUCUAUAAACCACCUCCCCAACAUAUGUUCUAUAUUCCACAAAGGCCAUACAUGUCUCUUGGGAGUCUUCGAGAUCAAGUCAUUUAUCCGGAUUCAGUGGAUGACAUGCAUGAUAAAGGCUAUACAGACCACGAUCUGGAAUGUAUCCUACACAAUGUCCACCUUUAUCAUAUAGUUCAGAGAGAAGGAGGAUGGGAUGCUAUUAUGGACUGGAAAGACGUCCUGUCAGGAGGGGAAAAGCAAAGAAUGGGCAUGGCUCGCAUGUUUUAUCAUAGACCAAAAUACGCAUUGCUGGAUGAAUGUACCAGUGCUGUCAGCAUUGAUGUUGAAGGAAAAAUAUUUCAGGCUGCAAAAGGGGCUGGAAUUUCCUUACUGUCUAUAACACACAGGCCUUCACUUUGGAAAUACCAUACUCAUUUAUUACAGUUUGAUGGUGAAGGAGGUUGGCGCUUUGAACAGUUGGAUACUGCAAUCCGUUUAACACUGAGUGAGGAAAAACAAAAGCUAGAAUCUCAGCUAGCUGGAAUUCCCAAAAUGCAGCAGAGACUCAAUGAACUAUGUAAAAUUUUGGGUGAAGACUCAGUGCUGAAAACAAUCAAACAUGAAGAUGAAACAUCCUAAUUUGUUUUGACAUGUUUUAAAAGUUAGUUUUUAAGUAAAGGCGACAAGACACUGUUAUAGUGCAUGCAUUGUGUUGAACUAAGCACAGAGAAAAAUAGCAACAAGAAAUAUUUUAUAAGAUUUUAGCAUUAAGAAACUAUAUGAUCUCACUUUUUAGAAGAAAAUAAACCAGUGCAUUAUGUAAGAUUAGUCAUUAUGGCUUGUACUAAUUCCUAGUGAAAGCCUAAUUCACCUGUAAAACAGGAUUUUCUAGGUGAAUUCAUUAUGAAUACCCAGUUUACUGUGUGUAUAUGAUGUGUCUGCAGUUCUUAACAAACCUGGGAGAUAUCUUGAGAAUGAAACAACUUAAGAGCAGCAUUUGGGUUGAAAUCAGGUGCAUAAAAUUAUAAGUUUGAAUAACAUUUCAGUCUUUAUGGUUAUUAGGUUUAAUAGCUAGAAUUCAGGUUUAUCAUUGCUAGUGAUCAACUAAACCUGUAUACAAAAUACCUGACAAUUUGAUAAACAAUUUAAAUAUGAAAAAAAUUACUUUAAUGGCAGUGGUUGAAAGAAAAAAGCAUGCUAUACAUGUAUAAAAUGCCACAUACUUUUUUUAUUUUAGAUUUUGAUCACAUUAAGGUAAGAACAUACCAAAUUAGUUUUGAUGAGAAUAUUACAUAUUUGUUAAUAAACUCUUUCAUUUUAAAAAGAGAAUUGCCAAUACAGAAAAGAAGUAUCCAAACAACAUUUGUCUCAGCCUGUUACUUUGCUUGGCAGCAUUAUCUGUUGCAACUUCUGUCCAGAAAUACUUAGCUUGUUUUUGUGCACAAAGGAGGAGUCUACCACAUUUUUCAAAUAGCAAUACUAUAUUAGAAUAUAGGGAUUCUCAGAAUCACAAUAGUAAUAACAAAUGGAACAGUACUUUACAGUUUACAAUCCUCAUUUACGUUAUUGCAUUUUCAUCCUGUGGCAAUCUUUUGAGGCAAAUAUUAUUUUUCCUAGUUUGCUUUUGAAAAAAUUGAUACUCGGACUUGCCCGAAUUAUGCAGUUUAUUUAGGGACAGAUCCAGGGAUCAAACGAAGUUCUGAUUCCCUGGUUCAGUUCUAUUUCCACUACAUACUAUCCUUGAAAUCUAACAGGGCUACGGUAUCAAUAAAAGUUGAGGUGUUGAAAAGAAAAUAAAUUUGGGAAUGUUAGUAUUAUUUGGUUACUGUUUACAAGAUAGUGGAAAUUAAGUACAACUGGAAAAGUCAUUGGUCUGUGGUUUAAAAUGAGCCAAGAAAGUUAGCAAAUCUUUCAGUAACUGUGCACUCAUCAUAUUAACGUACUUCUACAGCCAGCAAUCAGAAGGGGAAUUAAUUGUGUUAUAGGUAAAUUUAGUAUUUCUUCAACAAGAAUCUGUAUGGAACAGUCAUAUGAAAUAAAUCUUAUCUUUUCAUGCACCCUGAAGUUUGAAGUACAAAAGGCAGGACUGGCAUUUUAAUCUCUGACUGUCUAGGCUACCAUAUUGACAGACCAGGAAAAAUGGUAAUGAUCGCUUGUUAGUGGCUUAGAAUUUUAUUUGCUUAUUUAGACAUAGGCAUAAUAGAUGCUAAGUCAGCGAUUCUCAGACUUUUUCAGGUGGUAGAUUAGCUGGAAGUCAUUUAUGAUGACUGUAGUAGAACAUCAUGAUAUUUUCAAUUCUGCCAUGCUAACUAGGACAUUUUUAAUUAUCAAUAAAUAUAACUAUCUUGUAUUAACUUGAUCUUAUAAAAUCAUAAACAGUAUAGCUAUUUAAGUUUUUCUUUUAGUUUCAUAGCUACCCAUUUAUUCAUUUGUCAGUUACUACUGCUUCCUUUAGAAAAGUGAGGCAGGUAUCAAAGGUUUAAAAAAAUGCAUGGAACCAAAACUUACACUUAAUGAAAAUUAUCCAGUAAUUUUAACUUCUAUGUUAGCAGUUAUCCUGUUGAUACUGCUGUAGGGAAAAAAAUCUGAGGCAGGUGUCUUAAGUUAACUUUUAAAGAUACAAGACAAAAAUGAAAAAUCCUCAUUUGAAACAUUUACAUAAUUUUCAUAAUUUGAAAACAAGCAUUUAGGACCCAAUAUUUUAUGUUUUAAAACUUUGAAAAGAAUGCCAAAACAAAUAUUAGAUCUAUAAUUAGCCCUAAUUUAAUAUAUCCUACCAAUGAGCUGAAGUAAAUAAGACUCAUUAUAUAUAAUGUACAGGAUUCAAAGAUUUUGUACUAAUAUUUUGUACUAAAAACUAUACACUGCAAUUUAAAUGUUAAAAUUAUAAAAGGAACAUGUUUUCCAUGAACUGUUUUGUGCCUAUUUAUUUUCUGAAUUUUCUUCCAGGACCAAUAUACUCUAACUUGGAGGGGGAAACUGUGAUUUCAAUCUGUAUUUGUGUACUAUUUAACUGUUUCCAUGUUCUAAUGCACAUACCACAUUUUACUAUUUUUACAGUUUUAUGAAAAAAGUGAACAAGAGUAAGAAACUAAAUAGCCCUCUUUAUCUUUAAAUAUAACAAGGAAUAGAUGAGAAAAGAAAAAAGAAAGGCUAUUUCAAUUUUCAAACUCCUUUUACCAUUUUACGUGUUUACCCAAACUUUUGACUUCUGUUUUUUUGUUUUUUUUGUUCGUCAAAGAAAGCUACAAGUUUCAAAUGUGCUUUUUUUGUUGUUGUUACCUUUCAGCCUUGGAAAAUAAGCUGCAUUCUGUGAAAAUGUUGCAUUAUAUUUCUACAGCAUGUAGUGUUAUGUCAAGCAUGAGUCUAAAACAGUGUGUGUGUGCUUAUAAAUAACAUAAUGUGUAAAAAUCCCUCUCCAGUAAUCUCAAGGAGAAUGAUAUAUCUUGAAAUUCAACCCAACUUUACAUUUGUUUACAAUCGGAAUGGUUUUCCCUUGAUAGUAAUUUGGUUUUUGUGUCAAAUUUUGCUCUGCCAAUGAAGGUAUAAAUGAACAUAGUAGUUUUUUAUUUGAGACUUUGGUUCCAAGUAUAAUUUCAUAUUUGGCAGUACUCUUUGCCUAUUAAAAUCUGUUUGGAAUAGUUUUUGAUUCCAUAAGCCUAGAAAAAUUUGUUACACGUUGGAACCCAAAUCCAGAGAAUGUUACGUACUUCUGCUCUGUGCAGAAAAUUGUCAUUGAUAUUAAACCAUUGAUUAAAAGAGAUGCCUUUGAAACUUUAUGGGCAAUAAUUAUUCUCAUUUAGAAGUGUAAAGUACUUUCACCUAACCCACCCAGAGUAUGUACAGUUCUGCUGAUACACAUUUAGGUAUGACAACUAUGUU